GCAGCCUCUCCAUAUAGGAGUAAACACAGGUACGAGACUAAACUAACUAAACGAAAACUUGUCGGUAGUACAUUUAACAACCCGUAACGUUACAUAAACGUGUAAAUUAAGACAAGCUUUUUCCACGGUGAGCAAGAUCUGUAGAGGGCGGGAAAAUUAAGUCAAUGUCGCCGGAACUGUGAGGAAUAACAAAUACAUUAGCAAUUUGACAACGUGUAUUUUCUGCAUCUUCACCAACUGAAGACACUCACAUCACGAUGUUUUAUGCACAACUCUUCACAUCCAAACGAGGGACUCUGGCCAAGAUCUGGCUAGCAGCCCACUGGGAGAAGAAAAUUACCAAAGCACAUGUGUUUGAAUGUGACCUUGAGACCACCGUCAAGGAAAUAUUAUCCCCCCAGAUUAAAAUUGGUCUGCGGACUUCAGGUCACCUCCUUUUAGGCGUUGUCCGGAUGUACUAUCGGAAAAUCAGAUACCUUCUAGCAGACUGCAGUGAUGCAUUGGUCAAAAUUAAAGUUGCUUUCCGGCCAGGAGAGACAGAUCUGCCUGAGGAUGCUUUGGAGGCAACGUUUAAAGCCAUCACUCUACAAGAGGACUUCACUGACUUUGACUCUCAGUUGCCUGAUCUCAACACCAUUGAUGUGGUAGACCACUUCUCUUUGAAUCAGUGUCGUACAGAAGAUAUCACUCUAAGAGAGAACUUGGGGAACAGCUUUCUCACUUUGGAUGGCAUAGGUGAGGAAAACCAGUCUUACCAGGGACUGUUUGAUCAGAGUUUCCAAACUUUCAGUGUCCAUGGUGACUGCUUUGGUGAUGAGGAAAUGGCCGUUGACCUCAUUGAUUUUAUAGCAAAUGAGAGUAAGGAUACUCUGGUGACAGAUUUCUAUGAGAACACUCCUAAAGAAUUACCAGCUACACCUCCAACCUCUAUCAGUGUCAUAGAACCAGAGUCUGUGAUACCCGAGCUUUCCUGUUCAGACACUCAAAUGAACAGCCCAUCCUUCACUGAUAAGACUUUUCUGGUUAAUGCAGAGGAAGGCUUCACUCUUGCACCCGUUGCUGUCACACCAACUUUAACAAGGAAUAGAGGAAAGAGGAAGCGGAAGCUGGUGGUUGAUCUGUCAAAGGAACUUACUAAUGAUGACAUCAGGGACCAACUGGCUGAGUACUCUGACCUUUUGACCUCAUUGGAGAUAGCCCCGCCUACACGGCAGCUCAUGGAGUGGAGAGAAAAUGGUGGGGUCAAGCAACUGAUCUCUCGUUUCGAACUUCAACCCAUACACUCUGUCUUAAAGCAGCUGUUCCCUCGUGACUUGUCACCUAAGAGAAAGGGAUUGGUUGGAGGAGCAAUAGAGCAGACUGACCCCGAAGAGAUGAGAGAACAAAGCAGAGAGGACAGAGAGAGCACUGCUCAACCAGUGCUGGGUGACUGGAGUUUACUGCAUGAGUCUGUGGCUCUAGAUAAAGCAGUAGAUGCAAACACUUCUGUAGAACCUUCUUUCACUCAUACAGAACCUCCACCUCCCUGGAACGCCACAAGUGAGGAGAGUAGGCUGGAGUUGUCCUAUCCAGAGCCUCUCUCUGAGGACUCCAUGCUGGUUCAUCCAUCUGUAGGGACGAGGGAAACCCCAGUGUCUGUUCUGAACAGUCAGGACAUGGAGGACAGGAGAAUGACCUGUCGGGCACACAAACUCCUCCAGGCCCUCAAAAGCCAAGACAGCUCGCCCAGAGCCACGUUCAGUCUUCAAGCUAUGUGUGAGGGAAACACUCGUUCCUAUGUAGCAGCUUUAUUCUUCUGCCUGCUGGUGUUAAGGAAACAACAAGCCCUCAACCUGCACCAGAGCACUCCUUACAGUGACAUCAUUGCCACACCUGGGCCUCUCUUCCACUCCUUCUAGGACAGGCCACCUCUGACUGACCUUUAGUAACCACAAACUAACAGAGGGAAAAUGUUUUGCGACAUUUACAAUGUCUCAUCACAUGAUUGAAUGAACAUUUUUGCAUGUUCUUGGUUCAAAGCACAGUGCUGCCGUGUUGAUGGUUUUCUGGUGAAAUAAAUUAUUUAUAUUUUUGUAAUCCGUCGCCAUACAGACCAGCUAAAAAUUAUUAACUUAAAUCCAGACUAGUUCAGAUGUAGUAAUUUGUAGUAGUAAUCACCUGGAGUGUUUUUUAU